AUGAUCGCAUUUCAUGUUUUAUAUCUUUUCUAUGAUGAUGCUGAUUUUAAUAAAUAUUUAAUUAUAAACGAUAUGAAUUUAGUAUUAAAUUUAACUGAAGAUAAUUGGAAAACAUUAAUUCAAUAUGGAAAAAUAGAUCAUACAAAUGUUCCAUUAAUUGAAUGUGCUAUUUGUAUGGAACAAGGACCAUUUGUACUUUGGUUAAAAAAACCAAAUAAUCUUAAUAAUACAACAAAUGAUUUUAUUAUUAAUUUCCCAUUAGAAGGAAAUGAAAAUUUAACUAAUUGUAUUGUUUCAAAUCCAGUAUGUGAUUUUUGUUCUAAAUCUUAUAUAAAUACAACAAUGAACAAUUUAAAUGAAUUAAUAACUCUUUAUCGAAAACCAUGUUCUGGUUUUAUUCCAUUAAAUUGGUCAAUAGAUUCAAAUUGA